UUUCAAUCAUUAUGCUCCGUCCCGAGUGAAAGUGAUUGUUGUGACCCGUUCCACAUUCGAUUCCCUGAGACGAACGAAAAAGGAGUGAAGUUCGCGGGAAGACUACAUAUCAAAAAGUUAUCCGAAGCUUUGUCUGCCUCAAACGAUUAAAAGGAUUGUCUUAUCAUACCUAAUGGACGAAACUUAAAUUGACCUAUAAUUCUUCUUCUACUACCUGAUCAAUUACCUACUGCAAUAUAAAGAAGGAAGAUAACAGCAACUAAGACAUGGAAAACAAAGACGCCCUUAGUGAUGCUUGCAAUAUGGAGAUUUCCAUACGACCAGAACCCCACCUGGAAGUUUCCCAGGACCUGGAACUCUUGGCGCAAGAGAUUGCAGAAGCCGCGGUCGAGGAAGAAAGGAGGUCUUCUACCAGUUCCUCGCCGACCCCUUCACAGUUCCACAUGCCUGACUUUUCCUCCGAUGAAAUGCUCGAGGCAGAUAAUCUGACGGAUACAGAAAAACCUGGUUCAGCUAAAGCGGAAGUGGGCCUACAAGAGCAAGAAGAAGGGACAGUUCCUGAUAACGUUAGCAAAAAGAAGCGCGAUAGAGGUCGAUCUCAAAGUCCGGUAGACGAAGCCUCAUGGGAGAUAGUAGACUCUGUCGAUGAACUAAGUGUUUCCCGCGACGAAGACGAAGACACAGUAACGAGCCCUGCGCAAAACCACUGCAUUGUCAGGAAAUUCCUUGGCAGUCACGACUUGUGGCAAAAGCUCAAAGACUUGGGGAUGGUGUGCGAUAUAUGUAACGACAUGAACUCCAGCGAUAACCAAAGUGAAGACGUCAGCGGCUUCCCUGGUCUUCCUAACAGUGCCAAUGACCUAACUGUUUCAUGCAGUGAAUCAAUGGUUAUAUGCGAUAUGCCUCAGGAGGACGAGGAGCAACCAGCAGUAGAGGAAGGUCAAUGCCCGUUACCGCUGAGGAACAUUCCCGACAAUCCUCUGUUGCCAAGUUGGAAAGGAAGAGUUGCUGGAGCUACGGUUGUUGUUGAGUUGGAAAGACUGGGGGGUCUUUUGAUCGCUUCCGUCAGAGUCAACCACACCGACCUCCUAUCGGCACUCGCCUCCCUCCAGCAACUGGCAGCUUCUGCUGGUUUGGUAUCAUACGCUGAUGUUGAUAUUCAAAGUAUACUAGCCCGGGCAGCGUGAUAACUAACGUGGCCUUCAGUCUUCCACAGUCACUUGACAUAAAGCAGUGCCUUCUGAACUUGCAGCCUUCUGGAAGAGAACGAGUAGCUACACGGGAUUCCACAUUUGUGGAAGAUAUAAAUUAUUGUAAAAGACAUCAUCAAAUAUCUCAAGACAUGUUUAGUUUAGACCUACAAAGUGAAAAUAUGUAUAAUAAUCUACGUACUCUUGUACUUGUGUACCUGCAGUACAUAUGUGUAUACAAUCACUUACACAGA